AUGUUUGAAGCUCUUAUUUCUAAAGCUGCAGACCUCAAGCGAAUUAUAGAAGCCCUAAAAGAAAUGAUAAACGAAGGAAACGUAAAAAUUGACAGUGAAGGAAUCUCUCUUCAAGCCAUGGAUGCAUCACAUGUAGCGUUAAUCGUCUUAAAUAUGGAAGCAACUAAUUUCGAAGAAUUUCGCUGCGACCAUCGAAAAACGCUUGGAAUUCCGAUUCAAAACUUAUGAAAAAUGAUGAGAAUUGCAGGAGCUGACGACUCAAUAAGGCUGAUUGCAGACGAUACAUGCACAAAGUUAAAAAUAGUAUCAGAAAAUUCAGCAGGAAAAGUCGGGGAUUUUGACUUGAAUUUGAUUAUACUGCCUGAAGAGCAAUUAGAAAUGCAGGAUAUAGACCAUAUAUGUGAAAUAACUAUGGAAUCUUCAGAGUUCGCAAGAAUUUGUAGAGAACUUGCUGUGAUUUCUGAUGAAUUAGCAAUUAUAGCUACGAAAGAAAGAAUUGUAUUUGAAGUGAACGGAGAUGCAGGAAAAGGCCAAAUUUGUUGCAAUAACGGCAACUGUAUUUCUAAAGAGCAAGUAUUAAUUGAUUGCAAAGGAUCAGUGCAAGGGAGUUAUGCGCUAAGAUAUAUAAACCAAUUCAACAAAGCUGCUUUACUAGGCGAUCGAGUGUUUAUUAAAAUGGCCCCAGAUCUUCCUAUAUCAUUCACAUUCCCCUUUUCCCUUGGUUCGAUCACCUAUUUUUUGGCACCUAAGCUCCCAGAAGAUGUUUCUAAUAUAGUAAGUUAA